ACCGCCCAAUGGCGGAGGGCGCGUGGGCGGGGCCCGCCGCCGGGGAGUCGGUGGCGGCGGCGGCCGCGCGGUUGGGCGUUCGGUUGCUGAGCAGCGCACGCAGGCGGGGGGAGGGGCGCGCUGGGGCCGCCGCGCGGCGGUUGGCGACGGGCGCGGGGGGCGGCUGGGGACGGCGGCGGGCGGGCGGGCGAGAGGCCCCGGGAGAUGUGAGAGCGGCGGCGGGCCCUGCCGCACGCCCCGCGCCCUCCCCCCCUCCCGCGCGCCGUCCCUGCUGCGGCGACGGCGACGGCGGCGGCGGCUGCCGAGGCUCCCGCCGGCCUCCGCGGCCGGGCCCCGCGUUAUGUCGUGAUCCCGGGCGGGCGGCGCUGCUGCUGCUGCUCAUGGGGCUGCUCAGGAUUAUGCUGCCGCCCAAGUUGCAGCUGCUGGCGGUGCUGGCCUUCGGGGUGGCCGUGCUCUUCCUGGAGAACCAGAUCCAGAAGCUGGAGGAGUCCCGCGGCAAGCUGGAAAGGGCUAUUGCAAGACACGAAGUCAGAGAAAUAGAACAACGUCACACAGUAGAUGGUCCCCGACAAGAUGUGACAGUGGAUGAAGAAGAUGAUGUGGUGAUUAUUUACAAUAGAGUACCUAAAACUGCCAGCACAUCUUUCACAAAUAUUGCCUAUGAUCUUUGUGCAAAGAAUAAAUAUCAUGUUCUACAUAUCAAUACAACCAAAAAUAAUCCCGUUAUGUCUCUGCAAGAUCAGGUCCGAUUUGUGAAGAAUGUGACUUCCUGGAAGGAAAUGAAACCAGGAUUUUACCAUGGACAUGUAUCCUAUUUGGAUUUUGCAAAAUUUGGUGUUAAAAAGAAACCAAUUUACAUAAACGUCAUAAGAGAUCCUAUAGAACGACUAGUUUCUUACUAUUACUUUCUGCGCUUUGGAGAUGAUUACAGACCAGGGCUACGAAGGCGAAAACAGGGGGAUAAAAAGACCUUUGAUGAAUGCGUAGCAGCCGGAGGUUCAGACUGUGCUCCAGAGAAACUUUGGCUUCAAAUUCCCUUCUUCUGUGGCCACAGCUCGGAAUGCUGGAAUGUGGGAAGCAGAUGGGCUUUGGAACAAGCCAAGUACAAUCUGAUUAAUGAGUACUUCCUGGUGGGAGUUACUGAAGAGCUUGAAGACUUUAUCAUGUUAUUGGAGGCAGCAUUGCCUCGGUUCUUCAGAGGUGCUACAGAACUGUAUCGAACAGGAAAGAAGUCUCAUCUUAGGAAAACAACUGAGAAAAAACUUCCUACAAAAGAAACUAUUGCCAAGCUACAACAGUCUGAAAUCUGGAAAAUGGAGAAUGAGUUCUAUGAAUUUGCACUGGAGCAAUUUCAGUUUGUCAGAGCACAUGCAGUUCGGGAAAAAGAUGGAGAGUUGUAUAUUCUGGCUCAAAACUUUUUCUAUGAGAAGAUUUAUCCUAAAUCAAACUAAGAACACAAUACUGUUAGCUUAAUGGACCUAAACCUUUGGUCACAUCAUCAUCUUAGUCCACAGCCGUGGAAGCUAGAUUGCUAGUAGACCUCCAAGGCAUUUCUCUAUAGAUCUGAGAAAAAUGGGCUGUGGACCACCUCCAGGGCAUUGGAUACUGACUAACUAUGUUGGUAAUCCAGAAGCAAAAGCUUCCUUUUAUCUAACUAAUAUUUUCAGUGGGAGUUAAUACCCUUUACCUGAAGAAAUCUACACUUUAAUUUGCAGCAAUUAACCGCACAGCAGUUCUAGUUGAAAAUAUAAACAAACAAAAAUGCUUCUGUUAAUGCUCUUUCUAAUUUUCAGAGCAAUUUAUUUUCAUUUAUACUUCUGUGAAGAGGAAAUCAUUUUUUUCCCAGCUUUCAACGUGGAAAUUUUGGUUGUAUACAAUAUGAGUAGUGUUAAUAACCAGUUGACAUCUAUGCUUUGUUUUUGUGAAUCAUGUCACAUGAUAUUAAUUGGGAUGGUUAAUCAUGUUCUGCUGAGAAAUGCUGCUGCUGCUGGAAUUGCCCAUAUUUAUAUAUGUGGUUUUAUUAAAAAAUUACAACUGAUCAUUAGUGUUAAAACAUCAUUUCCACGUUAGUAUUGUAAAAAGUUAAAAGAAUGGGGUUUGGGUUUUAUUUUUUUUAUCCCCACAACCACUGACUGAGGUUGGGAAAACUCUACGAAGAAAGUUGGGAUUGUCUGCGGUUUUAGUUGAUGCUUACACAUUGGUAGAAAAAUAGUCAAUUCGGUAUCAAGUUUCUCCAUGGAUUCUUUGUAAUAAUUGUAAGCUGAGGUAUUGGUGAAUCCAUAUUAUGACUCCAUUAGUGAGCUGUGGUAUGGUUAGGGUUUUCCUACUUCUCUACUUUUACCUGUAGAAUAUUUUUACUAAGGUGCUUUAUAAUGUGUUUUAAAGCAUUGCAUUUACAAAAGGAGAAAAAUGCUGUAAAUAUUGCUUAUUUUAUGUAUUUGGACCAAAAGGUUUAAAGUAACUAGUUUAAAGUGUUUUUGCACCAGUUUUGUUACAUGUGAAGUAAAAAACAUCACAUCGACUUCCUGGUUGAGUUAACUGUUGGACAUGGCUGAAAUGCACUUCAGUGACCUCAAUGACUUUAAUACUAGAAUAUUGUCCAGGGAUUCUCUUUACAGAAAUGUAGUCUUCAUCCUUUUAUUAUGUUAAGAGGAAAAGAAGAAAAAUGUAAUGUGUAGUCUGGUUGAGAAAGAUACAGUGAACUUGACAUAAUUGUAUUUAUGUAACUGCCUUAUGUGACUAUUGUAAAUUUGUGAGUUGCCAUUAUUAACAAUGUGAAACACCUGGUAGAUUAAGUAAAUUGAGAUUUGAGAACAGAUGUUUGGAGUCACUGCCUUAUAGCAAAUGGCAGUGGAGAACUACAAGAAUUUGUUUCCUAUUGAAUUUUCUUAAAGAUCUGAGUAGUUACACAUCUUACACCUGCCUUUUCUUAAAGUGCUUUUCACAAGGUUUGUUGGGGGAAGUCACUGAACAGACAAAGAAUGUUGGUAAAGGUUUAAAUUCCUAAGGAAUGAUGCUAAAGGCUUAGCUUAAAAUUACCAAGUGGAGUUUCUUUAACCAGUUUGUUCUUGUAAUGAAAACAAAGGAAAUGGAAAAUGGUCUGUGAACUGGAUGUUUGCAGCCAAAAGCAACAGUCCAAUUACAGACAGGAUAAUGAGAGACUAUCAAGUACAUCUUGCGUUUUCUUUCGGUUUUUUGACCUGCCUCUUUGAAUUUUAAAAAUAGAUCUCUCUUUGUUCUUCUUGAAUAAGCAGGGAAGUUCCUCCUGGUAGCUUACUGUUUAUAUAGCAUGAACCACACAUAAGAUUUCCUGUUCUAGUUAUUGUCUAUUGACAUCAUUAAUAAUGCCAACAUGUUUGGGAAUAGGAUGUGUUAGUUCACACAUGAGGACAUGUUUUCUACUAAACAAAAGAACUGAAAUAUUGUAGAGUUGUACGCAAGUAGUAGCUACUGGGGUUUUCAAAAUUUCCAUAACAAAGCAGUAAUUUUUUGAAAUGAAAUGAAUAUUUAUAGUCCCAAUAAAGAUUCUCCACUAGG